CAAGAAGCGUCUUAAACUGGUUCCCCUUUUCUUAUUGAUCAAAGAGAUCGUCUGGAGGACAGAAUUUGCAGAAAUGAGUGAUAUACCAGAACUGAGGUUACCCCAUGUGAAGAUAGCACACCCAGAUCAUGUCACAGAAGUGAUUCAAAAUAUGAUCAAAGAUGGCCAUGACAAGUUACAGGUGACAGCUGAUUUUGAUUUCACUUUGACGAAAUUCAAAGCAAAUGGCACACGGUGUGCUGGCACUCAUAAUGUUCUAGAAGAAGGACAUGUUUUGCCAGAUUUCUACAAAGAAGAGGCUAGGGCACUAAGGGAUUACUAUUUUCCAAUCGAGACCAACCCACAACUGACAGUAGAAGAAAAAAUUCCUAUAAUGGUCGAAUGGUGGACAAAAGCCCAUGAUUUGUUGUCAAAGUGUAACAUAAAUAAAGAUGAUGUCAGACAAAUGGUAGAAAAUUCAACCGCCAAGCUAAGGGAUGGUUGUACAUGGUUCUUUGACCAGUUACAUUGUAACGAAAUCCCUCUUCUGAUCUUUUCUGCGGGAAUCGGUGAUGUCAUCAUUGAGGUCAUCAAACACCAAGCAACUCUCCAUGACAACAUGAAGGUCGUCUCUAAUUAUCUGGAAUAUGAUGCUCAGGGCCAAAUGACAGGAUUCCAAGAUGACCUUAUUCAUGUGUACAACAAAAACGAAGGGGCGAUACAUGAUUCCGAUUAUUUUCAGAAUUUAGAACAUCGUAAUAACGUCAUCCUGAUUGGGGAUUCUAUCGGGGAUCUCCACAUGGCUGACGGGGCUGUGGGGGUUAAUAAUAAACUCACAAUAGGAUUUCUAAAUGUAAAGGUUGAAGAAAGUUUGGAGUUGUACAUGAAGAGAUAUGAUAUCGUGAUUCUAGAGGACGAGACGUUAGAUGUUGUAAACGCGAUUUUACGGAAGGUGCUACAAAGUAGAAAUUAGAUCUCAGUCACAUCAACGUUUGUCUCAUUCUGGACACGAGUGCAAAUAUAGUCUUUCAAUGCAAUUGUGAAUAUGGAAGUAGUAGUGUUCAGGUUAUAUGGAAUGAAUGUUAGACUGAAUUGUCCCCCUUUAAUCUGAAUAAAGUGCAUGCAAUGUGUGCCAUAUUUGCUAAUUGGUUUUUGGGGGGAAUGUGUGAAAAUCCCAUACUUUAUUUUAAUACAUGCUUCAAUUGUGGAUACAGUAUUUUAUGAAAUACUAUAGACUAGUAGUGUUGAUGUUAUUCCCCUUGUGUAAACAAUAGAUUUACAAGUAAUGUUAUAUUCUUUGUUAGGGAAGGGGGUGGUUAAAUAGCAUAUAUAACUAUGCAGCUAUACACAUUAUCUGCUACAAGCUGACUGAAUUUUUGUUCUUUCUAAGUUUAUUGUUUAUAUAUAAAUAUAUAUUUUUUCAUUGGCACAUUAAAGUACAUAUUGUUUUUUUAUAAAUAUGUAUAUCGUAAUGACUAAAUUUUCUGGUACUCGAAGAAAUUCUCAUUAUUAGAUGUAUAUGGACAUGAUGGCAGCUCUGCUUCUGGUAGAGUCUGAUGAUUACAACACAAGCCUUUGUGUAAUAUUGACUGCUGUUUUGUACCAUUGUAAUGUGGUUAAAUUUUCUUAAAAUGAGAAAGUUUUCUACACUUA